AUCAUGGGGGGGAAGUGCAGAAUUCUACGGAGGUGCAAAAUCUUCGCUAUCUAUGUUCCCAGAACAUAAAAUGAUUUUAUUGCAUUGAAUCAACCAUGACAAACAUUUCGCCAUAAUUUAGCUGAUGAAAUUCAAGAACGCUGCAUGAUAAUUCGCACGAGCCAGUCGCGUGUGAAGAUUGUGACAUCACACGCGCCACGACCAUCAUCGCUUAGCAACCCCGAGCCGCGCGUGGCGGCACCGGCGAGUGCGGAGCGUGAAAAGGUGGCGAUUACAGACAACCGUCGUGUUUUUAAGUGCGUUGCGAGUCCCGAGAGCGCGGACGGGGGAUGUGAUCAUGGAGGCAAGAAGGCGAAGAGAAGGAUCCGCAACCGCUGCAGUGCAGGACUACCUGGAGUACAGAAGGAUUGUCGGAGAGGAUGAUGGAGGGAGACCGUUCACUCCUGAGGAGUAUGAGGAGUACAAGAGGAAGGUUCUGCCCAGCAGACUGCAGAACAGGCUGUAUGUGAGCUGUGGAGUCCCAGGUGGAAUGGACUGCAAGCUCGUUGGUCCGGAGACACCCUGCUUCUGUACACACAGGUACAAGCAGCACCGGACAGACUUUGAGGAGCUGCCGUCGGUGCGGCCCCUGACCCUGCCCUGCCUUGUCAGAGGCUGCGGGUGUAGCUCCUACUCCUACGUCCACCGGAACGGCUCCCAGCCGCUGCGCUGCCAGUGCAAACACUCCGCUCCGGACCACAGCGAGCUCACGGGACACCCCUGCAGGAAGUGCUCCACAUGUCCUGGGUUUCGCAGCCCUUUCACCUGCGGCUGCGGCCAGCCCAGCUACGCUCACCGAACUCUCAUCGAGACGAAGGAGGAGCGUCUGGCACGGGGCCUACCUGUAGGCAAGGACGUCCCGUACGCCGCUAUGGGAGGACUGACCGGGUUCAGCUCUCUGGCUGAGGGCUACAUGCGUCUAGAUGACAGUGGUAUAGGUGCCCCUCCCUCCUCUUCUUUGGUGCCACAUGGAUGCGGAUCUUCCUGGGACCAUGUCUUUCAGAAAGCACCUGGGACAAAACCUGAGGAGGCAGGAGUGAACUCGCUGACUGGGCAGCUGUCAGGUCUGAAGACGAGGGAGGAGGAAGAGAUGGCCUAUUUUGAGAGGCGCUACCAAGAACGUCUCAAAAUGGAGAAACAAGCCAAACGGAAGGCAUCAGCUAAAGGCAAAUCAAGGGGUACUGACUAAAGGGACCUGAGCUCUCGCUCCUUCACUAUCCCAAGACAGGGUUGUAGUGGUCUGAAGCCCAUCCUGGAAACCUGGAGUGUUAGGCUAGGCAUGCCACGGCAGUCCAUUGCAGGGUAAUCACACACACAGACAUGCACACAUAGAGGUGCAGGCCAGAGGCAAUUCAGUUACAAGCUCAUCUGAAACACCUCUUUGGACUAUGGGGGGAAAAAAACACAAGAACGCAGAGAUAAUAUGCAAAAUCCACAGAGACUGAACGGGAAACAAAUCUACAGCCGAACCCACAACCAGUUUUCUUUAAGGAUAACAUCACUGUAUCUGUAAGUCCCGUUACAACCUAUCAGUUAUUGGGGGACCAACAAUUAUUAGCAAUGGUACUCAAUGGAGUUAUGCAUAAACAUUGGGGGAACAUAUUAGACUUGAAAACUGUGGGACAUGUUCGGUCUGCUGUUUUGUCUUUAAUACCUGGUGCCAGUAUUAAAAAUAAAUGUUACAUUUGUGAAUUAAUGUUAAAAGACUUUUUUUGAACUGAACGUUGAUAUUACAGUUCAAUGAAAGUUUCUCUUUUUUAUCUUUCAAAGUUCUUAAAAUUCAUUAUAUGCCGACUAUAGUCGAAGUACAGUCAUCUAAAGCAUCCUGUUAGUUCUUGGUUUGCUGUCAUGUGGGAAUUAUGGAUGGUGUAACAGUUUUUCUUCAUUUUGCUUUCGAAACCCAAGGAAUUUCAUUUUAAAGCAAUGAUCACCUUCACGAGCGUCUAAAGGGUUCAAGUUUUGUCGAAGCAUAUCGGCAAGAUGUCUUCAGAUGUUCUCGAAAUACACUCUACAUUUUACAACGCUAUCCUGUAGAGGUCAGUAGUGCUAUACACACAGUUCUGUAUGUGUCGUUCACUCACUAUUGCUCUUUGUAACCACACAUAAUAAAAUAUAAUGCAAUGAAACAUUUGUGAAGAAUUCAAACUAGACAAAUGCAGAUUAAUAGGCCAGAAACCUCAUUCGUAUAAACAUAAGUGUUUCCAGUAUAUAUAUCUGUGUGUGUUGUAUGUAGAAUGAAAAGUGUUUUUACUGUGUGUAUUGAUGAUUGUACUAGGGUGAGGUGAGUGCUGCUGUAAGAUGUUUGACCAGGCAUAUGAUGCAAAGUAUACAAAGUAUAAAAGCUUUUUAAGUUAAAUAAAUCUAGGCACCUCAAUCAAAGCAGCGGGCAGCACAGAAGGCAGUGUCUGAUUUUUUGUGGUUUCAUUGAAAUCUAAAGUUGAAACUGCAUCGUGAUGCCUCCAGUUCCUCUAAAUAAAAAAAAAAAAGCCUGACAACAAAAGGUAAAGAUACUUGACAGGUAUUGUGAACGUUAUGUGAUAAUACAGUAUAAUUUUUCACUGAAUAAUCAUGUUUCAAUGUAUCUAAGCAUCAGGCCAGAGGAAGGAUAUUUUACAAGGUUCAAUCUGUGAAAUGUUUUAUUUUUGGUUUUGCAUUGCAAAU